CGACCAAGUACGCGAAUUGAUGGUAGUCUGUGUUUCGCUUGAAUUCCUGUUGAUUAAAUCAAUUUUAAAGUUCGUCCUCGAAAAGACAGGCUCGCACAAUGCGAACGCGUAGAAAAAUCAACCAAUCAAUCUUUUACAAUAAGAAGCGAAUGCGAUGGCCAAUCGCCUUUUACUACAUAUCUGCCAUUCCGGAAAAAGCGGAAAGUUGAUUGGCUGCCAUAUCGACUUGCGUACAGUUACGCGUGUAGAGAAACCGGAUGCAACAAAAGCCUACUUAGAAGACGUACCUUCGUAUUAAAAAUAUCUAAAAAAAAAAAAAAAUUAAAUCAAUUAUAUAAAAAAAAAAUAAAAAAAAUAAAUAACGAUUACGUCUUCAAUAAAAGCAUCGCGGUGACACUACUAUCCCUCGCACUCGACGGAUCGAUUUUCUCAUUUACAUCGCGCAUUUAUGCAAAUUUGUUCGAAUGAAAUUGCAAUAAUUGCAGUUCAAGAGUUCGGGACAUCUGGAAUGUUGACGGAAGGUUAGCGUCGCGUCGUCCGGAAGAUGCCUGGACGAGCCGAAACGACGAUCGAGCAAGCGGCAUAUAAACACGCGAGCGUGACGCGUGACGUGCCAGUGCGCAGCUGCCAACGCGCAGCAUUUGAACCUUCGUAGUUCGAUCGGCCAUAUUUGCUCUUAUACAACGCCCUCACGCGACGAUCGUGGGUUUACGUGUAUAUUUGGUGGCUUGGUAUCGACUCAUCGGCUUGGCUAGCAUUCACAGUCGUGUACCCUACGUCGGCGUUCGAUUAAUGAACAUAGUUGCCAUUGUUUGAGCUACAUGAUUCAAUCAUGAGUAACGUAGCAGCUAUAAAAUUGGAAGAGGGACAAGAAUCUGUCACCGAAAUACAAACUUACUUGGAAACGUUUAAUAAAGAGAUAGAGGGAGGACAAGGUGAAUUACAACAUGUGCAAUUACAACAAGUGGAGGGCUUAUCUGGUGGAGAAGAGGGUGGGACAUACUUUGUCGAUCAGUCUGGUCAGUAUUAUUACCAGGCAAAUAGUGAUGAACCACCUGUAAUGACACAAGUACAGAUACAAGAAGUGGAAGAGACUGAUGUACAAAAUGAAGACGAGACAGCUCAAGAUGAGUAUCAAGAGAUUGAAGAACUUGAAAAUGCCGAGGGCGAUGAGGAUGCACAAGUCAACGGUGACAACAAUCAAGUUGUAAUUAAUUCUGGCGAUGCAUAUCAAACUGUCACAAUUGUACCAUCUGACACAAAUCCUGGAGAAGUAAGUUAUGUUUUAAUAGUUCAGCAACCUGAGACUGAAGAGAAAGAGAGUAAACCUGUGGAAGAUGAAGCAACGACAGUAGCGGCAGCAGCUGCAGCUGAGGAAGAAGAAGCAGAAGGUGAACAAGAUCUCACUGUAUACGACUUUCAAGAUAAUGAAGACAAUGAAGCGCCAGUGGAAUCUGAGGCGGAAGAUGACAAGACUAAAAUCAUUAAGUUCCUCCCAAAGAAAUCUCAAACCGUGACGCAAGCUCAUAUGUGCAAUUAUUGCAAUUAUACCAGCCCAAAACGAUAUCUUUUAUCACGGCAUAUGAAAUCGCAUUCAGAAGAAAGACCACAUAAAUGUAGUGUUUGUGAGCGAGGGUUUAAAACUCUGGCCUCGCUUCAGAAUCAUGUUAACACUCAUACUGGGACCAAGCCUCAUCAUUGCAAAUAUUGCGAGAGUGCAUUUACAACUUCUGGUGAACUUGUAAGACAUGUUCGAUAUAGACAUACCCAUGAAAAACCACAUAAAUGUCAUGAGUGCGAUUAUGCAUCUGUUGAGCUGUCAAAACUGAAAAGACAUAUUAGAUGCCACACAGGCGAACGACCUUAUCAGUGUCCACAUUGUACAUAUGCAAGUCCUGAUACAUUUAAACUGAAACGCCAUCUUCGCAUACACACUGGAGAAAAACCAUAUGAAUGUGAUUUUUGUCAAGCCAGAUUUACUCAAUCCAAUAGUUUGAAAGCGCAUAAAUUAAUACAUAAUGUAGGCGAUAAACCAGUAUUUCAAUGUGAAUUAUGCCCAGCUACAUGUGGCAGAAAAACGGAUCUUAGAAUUCAUGUGCAAAAGUUACAUACUUCUGAUAAACCACUAAAAUGCAAACGUUGUGGAAAAACAUUCCCGGACAGAUAUAGCUACAAGUUACAUAGCAAAACUCAUGAAGGAGAGAAAUGUUACAAGUGCGAUCUAUGUCCGUAUGCAUCUAUAUCGGCACGUCAUUUGGAAAGUCAUAUGCUUAUUCAUACUGAUCAAAAGCCGUAUCAAUGUGAUCACUGCUUUCAAUCAUUUAGACAAAAACAGUUACUCAAACGGCAUUGCAAUCUCUAUCAUAAUCCCUCUUAUGUUCCUCCACCGCCACAAGAAAAAACACAUCAAUGUCCCGAGUGUGAAAGAGCAUUUAGACAUAAAGGUAAUCUUAUUCGUCAUAUGGCUGUUCACGAUCCGGAAUCAUCUCUGCAAGAAAAACAGCAAGCUCUUAAAAUCGGCAGACAGAAAAAGAUUCAAAUUAUUGAUGGCCAACGUGUUGAAGUAAUGACAGGUGAUUUAGCUUCUAAACUUAAAGGUUAUGAAGACGAAGAAGAAGAAGAAGAUGAAGAUGACAUGAUGGCAGUUCAAGGCAGCGAUGGCCAACAAUAUGUUGUGUUAGAAGUGAUCCAGUUAGCUGAUAAUCAAGGAACUGAUCAGAUGGCUGUUGUCGCGAAUGAGGAUGGAGAGUUGGUAAUGCAAGAUCCUUUAACUCAAGAAAAUAGUAUAGUAACAGGAACAGGAGACGAAAUUGACGAAGUAGAUGAGGAAGACAUAGAAAUGCAUGAUCUAAAGAUAGAACCCAGUACUCCAUCAAAAUCUACACAGAACUCACAAAAUGAUCCUAAAUUGCAAAAGGAAAUGGAAACCUGUUUCGGGUUUGAUGAGGAAGAAGAGGAAGAAGAAAGCGGUAAUAAUAUAAACAUGUUACAGACAAUUUCGUAAUAAUGUGUAAAAGACGAAAUGUACCUAAUCAUAGUCCAAUGUUUCACUUCUGUCCCAGUGUUAGAGUAAUAUCCUUUAAAAAAUAAGGAAAAUUAGACAAUAAGAGCCAAUAAGCGCACUUGAUAAUUUUCCUUAUUUAGAUUGUAUAUCUUAUUAUAAUUAGUUUUUAAAGCAAAAAAUUAUUAAAAAGUCAAGGAAACUAUAUAUAUACAUAUAUAUACAUAUAUAUACAUAUACAUAUAUAUAUAUAUAUAUAUAUAUAUAUAUAUAUAUAUAUAUAUAUAUUGUGUAUAAAACUGAAUGCAGUGUAUUAUCAUCUAAAAAUACUUUGCAUAGCUCUAGUAGGGAGCUGCAGUGUGAUUCACAUGCAUGGUACAAGAACUUUUUUUGCCGUUAGUGCAUUAGGUUAUAUAUAAUACACAUAAUAAUUUAUGAAAAUAUUGUAGUUUUGUGGUUUAGCAAUGUAUCAAGCAAAUGUACAAUUAUAGUGUAAAAUAUGAUUUACGUUACUGUCAAUGAGAACUUCUUAAUAAUGACAUUAACAAAGUUAGAUAAGAUUAAAUAUGUUAAUUAUAAAAAAUAUAUUAUCUUGGCAUAAUAUUUUUAAACAGUUAAUUUAUAACUUUGAUGUAAAAGCCUGUUACUUUUACUAGAUGUGUGCAACUAACAUGAGUCUUGAAAAGUUAAGAUUAGUUAAUAAAGCUGAAACUAAUAAGAAUAAGAUUAUAAUGUAAAUAAAUGUUUAACUUCAUAUCUCGAUUAUUUUAAAGUUUCAGCAUAAACAAAAACUACUAAAAAGGAAGCGAUAAAUUUAAUUAUCAAAAGUAUUUUAUAUUGUUUACUAUGGUCAUUUUUUUUAUGUUAAAAGGUCGGGAAGUAAUGUAGAGAUGUGAGUACUAAGUUGUAAUAUGUUGGUUUCAUAUUUAUAGUGCAUUACGUAAAGAAAUUUAACGUGUUCAUUUGUAAUAGAAAAAUAACAUUUAAACAAAAGAGGAUAAUGUAAUUAUUUUUUAGUCUUUGAUCAAAAUAUCUUCGUUUACAGCGUUAGAAAAUAUCUUACGUAUAACAUUUUUUGGCAAACUUUUAUGUAUAUUUACAUUAUUUUACAAUAAUGCAAUAGUAUAUUAAAUACAGAAUAUUUAAUUAUUAAAACUUAUCUUAGAAUGUUUUAUGAUAGCAUUAUUCGUGUUCUUCAACAGUGCUAUUAUAAAACGAUCGGAAGUUGUUUCACAUCUUGUACUAUAUAUAUAAGCAAUCUUUGAUAUUUACUAAAUACAUAUAAAUGUUUAAUCACAACUUCACAUGUAGAAUUUCCAGUUUAAUUUAAUUAAGGCAUGAUACUCGAAAUAAAAUCGUUAUAAAUGAUUUUAUUUUAUAUUUGCAAAAAUAAAUGUCUUUGAUAUUUUGACAUUUUAAAGAUAAGUUGCAUUAAACAAAAUUGUUGAAUUAAUGAUAUAUAUAUAUUUUUUUUUUUAUAAAAAUCGCGUGGCUCAUGCCUUUUUAUUAUGAACUGGAAAGAUAAUACUUCUUCAACAAAAUCGAUAACAUUGCUGUAUUAAAGCGGUAUGACAUAUGUAUCUUCAGGAAUACACUGGAAUGAAGAAAAGUGUAUAAUUAACGUACAAUGCCCAUACAAUGUUGCUCAUAAAAUAAGUUAUUCCGCUUAUCUGGUAGGCGAAAUGAUCAUUGUAAAAAGUAUGUACAAUUUUUUUUACACACACGAAUUGUACAAUUGUAAUUUUAGUGAUCAAUUACUAUACGCACUUAAAAUUCUGCACUUUCUUACAUUAUCCCAAAGAAAAAAAAAAUGGUGUAACUUCUCUCGAUAAUAAACAUUAUCUUGUCGACAAUA